CCUGUGCCCAGUGAAACGCUUUUCGCCCAGUUGGAGUGGCGCUGGACGUGUCCCAUCAAUAUCCCUCGAUCUUUUAACCAGUGCGCAUUUGAAUAUUUUCUGGACUUUUUAAAAUUUUUAUAUCGUUUUGGCGUGGACAUGGCACAUUUUUAAAGAGGGCUAAUGAGAGUAGAGACGUAGUUAUCUUACUAGCUAGGUGUUUAGUUAGGUAACUAGUGGAAGCUAGCUUAGCCACAUGGUGUACAUGUCCAGAACUGUCAUGCGACGUGGUUGUUGGGCCGAUGCGUUGCGAUUUCUUUCGGGCAUGGAUUACACAUUUACACAAGGGUUUUACCCGGUUUAUUUUAACUCUGGGCAACCCAGUUCAACUUUGUCUUAACGUCGCAGGCUGAGGUUCGUAUGGUCAAGUGUUGAAGUUUACGUUGUUCUUCAUGAGCACGGUGGUAGUCUACCAAAAGAGGUGAAGUAUGAAUCUCAACACCCAAGUGAAGGGACAGCCAUGGGUGCUAGUGGAACCAAUAGCACCCCAUCGACACCAAAAAGAGACCAAAGACCAUUGUUGUCACACACUGUUUAAUAUCAGACAAAACCUCGGACUGUGCCGAGUGGAGAGGCUCAUCCUGUCCAAUGACCUGAGCGACGUCCGCGCCUUUUUCCAGCACCUCGUCACCACACAGAUAAUCGCCAAAGCAGGAGAAGCCUUACCGGUAUGCAAAUGAAGGAGCCAAAUGAACGUCUCGCUCACCGAAGAGAUUCGUUUUCCGUUCACCUAAAAAGAGUUGUUCGUUAGCAACGACCAAUCACUAGGCUGGAUGAGUCGUUUUUAGCGAAUACUGGCAAGUCUCAACAUGGGCUUGGAAUCCUAGGACAAACCAAACGAGAUGUUUUGAUUUAUUUGUUUUCCGAUGAGGUACAUGGUCAUAUACCUACGUUGAUUAAUGAAUGGCAAAGGGAUAUAGGAGGGUGACUUUUUAGUCACUUCUACACUUUUUAUAAACUAAGCCAAAAGACUCUUUAACAGCUUCUACGCCCAAGCCAUAAGACUGCUGAACAAUUAAUCAAGUGGCCACCCGGACUAUUUACAAUUAAGGUCACUAAUUAGUAAAUAACUCCGCUCACUUGGUUGCGCUCUCCGAUCUCAGGAAGUGAUGCUGCUACACUACUCUGGUGUGGUGCAGUCAUUUGGAAUUCAAUGGGUUUGUCUGUGUUUUGAGUGAAUCAUGUCCCUAAGGCCAUUGCUGAUAAACCAGUCUUACUGCAGAGCCUGUGCUCAAAUGGUGUAACACUGAACAAAAAAAAUAAAUAAACGCAAAAUAUAAAGUGUUGGUCACAUGUUUCACGAGCUGAAAUAAGAUUCCAGAAAGGUUCUGUACACACAAAAAGCGUAUUUCUCUCAUUGUGAACAUUUGUUUACAUCCCUGUCAGUGGGCAUUUCUCCUUUGCCAAGAUAAUCCAUUCACCUGACAUGCGUGGCAUAUCAAGAAGCUGAUUUAAACAGCCAUGAUCAUUACACAGCUGCACCUUGUGCUGGGGACAAUAAAAGGUCACUCUAGAAUGUGCAUUUUAGUCACACAACACGAUGUCACAAGUUUUUAGGGAGUGCAAUUUACAUGCUGACUGCAGGAAUGUCCACCAGAGCUGUUGCCAGAGAAUUUCAUGUUCAUUUCUCUACCCAUCUCGUUUUAGAGAAUGUGGCAUUAAGUCCAACCAGUCUCACAAUCGCAUACCAUGUGUAACCACGACCUCCACAUCCGGCUUCUUCACCUGUGGGAUCGUCUGACACCAGACACCCGAACAGCUAAUGACUGGGUUUGAACAUCCAAAGAAUUUCUGCACCAACUGUCAAAAACGGUCUCAGGGAAGUUCAUCUGCGUGCUCGUCGUCCUCACCAGGGUCUUGACCUGACUGCAGUUCGCCGUCGUAACUGAAUUCAGUGGGCAAAUGAUCAUCCUUCGAUGGCCACUGGCACGCUGGAGAAGUGUGCUCUUCACGGAUGAAUCCCGGUUUCAACUGUCCCGGGCAGAUGGCAGCCAGCGUGUAUGGCGUUGUGUGGGCGAGUCGUUUGCUGAUGUCAACGUUGUGAACAGAGUUCCCCAUGGUGGGGGUGGGGUUAUGGGCAGGUAUAAGCCACGGACAACGAACACAAUUGCGUUUUAUUGAUUUAGCAGUUUGAAUGCACAGAGAUACCGUAACGAGAUUAUUGUACCAUUUCAUUCGCCGCCAUCACUCCAUGUUUCAGCAUGAUAAUGCACGGCCCCGUGUCGCAAGGAUCUGAACACAAUUCCUGGAAGCUAAAAAUGUCCCAGUUAUUCCAUGUCUGGUGAGUAUGCAGGCCAUGUCACCCAUUGAGCAUGUUUGGGAUGCCCUGGAUCAAUGUGUACGACAGCAUAUUCCAGUUCCCGCCAAUAUCCAGUAACUAAACACAGCCAUUUGAAGAGGAUUGUGGCCUGUGGAAUGUUGUCCCACUCAACAGCCUGAUCCAACUCUAUGUGAAGGAGAUGUCGUGCUGAAUGAGGCAAAUGGUGGUCACACCAGAUACUGACUGGUUUCUGGUGCAUGUAUAUCUGUAUUCCCAGUCAUGUGAAAUCCAUAGAUUAGAGCCUCAUGAAUUUCUUUCAAUUGACUUAUUUUCCUUUUUAUAUGAACAGUAACUCAGUAAAAUCGUUGACGUUGUUACGUUUUUAUAUUGUUGUGUGAAAUUGUUAAAAGCUAAAUGUUAAAUUAGAAAACAAAUACUAUUUGAACCGAGGGCUGUCUGUUUCACUGUGAUGAUAAACACUGUUGUCUCACUGCCGUAAAUGCUGAUGCGAUGUCUGUCUUUCUGUAAUGUCUGGUUCUCCAGGUGGUGGGGAGAAAGGCUGCGUCACCAGAGGCCCACCUUUUGGCCCUGCUCAGCCCCAGAGACCGCCUUGGACACCUGCCUGUCUAACUCCCUCAGACCGCACCACACCCAGGACAGACUAGCCACGUCUGCUGCUGGUGGAGACAAACAGGUCGAUAUAUCUAUCAGGCAGUUUCACCAGUCAGACCCGGACAGAGCGCCUCUCUCUCUCUCCGGUUGGUCGACAGAGCGCCUCUCUCUCUCUCCGGUUGGUCGACAGAGCGCCUCUCUCUCUCCGGUUGGUCGACAGAGCGCCUCUCUCUCUCUCCGGUUGGUCGACAGAGCGCCUCUCUCUCUCUCCGGUUGGUCGACAGAGCACCUCUCUCUCUCUCCGGUUGGUCGACAGAGACCGUUUGGCCACAAGCUGCUACUACACCCAGUGGGAUGUGCCGUCUGACCCGGGGACACCGAGGGUUACCACACUUACACCACAGAAACAGACCAAGAACUCGCAGCCCACUACACUUCAUAGGAGUUCAGUAGUCGCAGCCCACUACACCACUGGGGAAGUUUGGUAGUUGUCCAUCCCAGCCCACUAUACAUCAUAGGGAACUUAGUUUAGUAGUUUCCUCCCCCAGCCCACUACCAGCAACAGCCGGUAGGAGACGGCUCUGAAGGCCCUGUAGGAGACGGCUCUGACAGGCCACUCAGUAGUAGUAGUUCACAACCCCCCCCGAGUCCCUUUUUACGCUAGCAGUUAACUAGUUCCAAACCCUACACUGUUAGUAGUUUAACGCCCUUGACAACGGUAGGUUUGGACUCUUACCUCAGCGGUCAUUUUGAGAACGGUGGUGGUAGCCUAGAAGAGGCCUCAGGAUUAUUUUAUUUUUUGGGGAUCUCAGGAACCUGUGGAGGCCUCAAUGAGAGCAGCUAUUGUCCCCAUCUCUGCCUCAGAGGAACUCUCCUUCCUAACCUCCUCACAACCUAAACGGAAGAAGUCUGACACGGGUCUCUGAUCUCAGUAUUGGUGGAUGCAGCUUCACCUCAAACUGUUCCUUUUCAAACCAGAUGAUGGAUGAAACUAUGGCAACUGUAUCCAGUGAGGAGGGAGGCGUAUCCAAGGGUGAAUAUGAAGUUUGCCGAACCCUUGGAAAGCCAGAGGCUGUCUUUUCUUCUGGAAAAGGCCGCCUCUAGGGAAGCCCUGAUGUGGAAGGUGUACGUGCCCAAAAAGCCAUCGCCCGGCAGUCAGGAUACAGACAUCUCCCCUGCCCAGCGUGAUGAGACUGUGUGCUGGCUCAUUAACCUCCACAGUGACACCAAGCUCUAUCCAGAGACCCUCUCCCUAGCCAUCAGUAUUUUGGACAGGUUUUUAGGCACUAUAAAGGCCCGUCCAAAGUACCUCCGCUGCAUCGCCAUCGCCUCUUACUUCCUGGCUGCCAAAACCAGCGAGGAGGACGAGCGUGUGCCGUUGCUGUGUGACUUGGCCAGCAGCAGCAGAUGUGGCUGCUCCCCAUCAGAGAUACUGAGAAUGGAGAGGAUCAUUCUGGAUAAACUGAACUGGGACCUGCACGCUGCCACACCGCUGGAAUUUCUACACAUUUUCCAUGCCAUGGUGCUGUCCUGCAAGCCACGGUUCAUGGUGGGUCUGGUGGGGUGUAACCCGUCGCAGCACCUGUCGGUGUUGACCCAGCAGCUGCACUACUGCCUGGCCGACAGCGCCCUGCUACAGCCCCUCUCCCGGGGAUCCAUGCUGGCGCUGGCCCUCGUCACCCUGGAGCUGGAGAAUAUCUGCCCUGACUGGCUGGCUCUCACGAUCAACCUGCUCAGGAAAACACAGAUUGACAGUUCUCAGCUGAUCCGAUGUCGAGAGCUGGUGUCACGUCACCUGUCCACACAGGAAGCUUCCCUGCCUCCCAACACUGUGUACAUCUACCAGUCCCUACACCACAGUCUGGACCCGGAUCCCUGCACCCGGGGAAGAGAGUCCAACACCAGGCUCCCCUCCCCGGACACAGACCCACCGGCGCCAUUCACGGCCCCUAGGGACAGGAGCCUCUCCUGGGUCUCCUCUACCACCCUGCUCCAGGUCCAUGGACCAGCCAAACCCAGCCACCACUCCCACCAAGUCUCCCUGCGCUGCAAGCAGUCAGCCAAGCGCAAGGUGGAGGAGAUGGAGGUCGACGAAUUCUACGAGGGGAUCAAACGACUCUACAACGAAGAGAACGGGGGCGCUCCGGAAGGGACGGCGGUAACGGGGGAGGAGCCUCUAGAGGAGAGUCCUGUCCUGUUGGUCAGGCGGGAUGGCCACACCUCCCCCUGCCCCCCUCUCCAACCCGUCGGUGUCUCAUAGAGAAGAAGAGGAUGAAACCAAGGCCUUCUCUUCCUCUCUACCUGAGCUGCAAGGAAAAUACGUCUCAGUAUUCAAUCUGUCAUGGCAUUUAUCCACCAACCCCAGGCCUCGAUUGAGCACAAAAAAGUCACCAAAAAAAUAUGCUAUUUCAUAACUAUUUGUUGAGCACAAAUAUAAAAUGAUAAAAAAAAUAUAUAAUAUAAUGAUAUAGAUAAAGGAAUAAUCUUGUCCUUCAAAAAAAAGGUCAAAUUACUACUUCUCUCUGUGAUGAUAUUUCUCUAAUGUAAGGUCGUGUCAUCUUAUUUCUGUUGUUGACCCUAACUAAUCUUAAGUUUCAAUCAGUAUAUUUAUUUUCUUUACCUUCCUCUAUUUCCUGAAGAAGAAAAAACUCAUUCUCAGCAUGUUGUCUUUAACCCCUCACAAAACAUGUCACUUUAGAGUUUGACUGUAAAAGCGUGUAGAACUAUGUUAACCUCAAGUACUGAAUGGUUGUUUCAAAGGGCUUAUUACGUUUUAAUCAUCUUAAAUAUCCCCUUUCCAUAACUUUCCUGUCUUUGUCCCGUCACAGUGUGCUGUAGUAGUUUAACCAAAGAACGAACGUUACAAGCUACUGUCAUUAAUGAUGAUGCAGAAGUGAAUCAAUUUACCCAAUGAAGCAAUAUGUUUUAAGAUAAACAGCUUUGUUAAAAAGAGGGAUUUGUUUGAAGUGGCACCCUAUACCCUACAUAGUGCACUACUUUUUAUUAUAGGUCUAUGGGGGGGAAUAGGGUGACAUUUCAGAUCCAAUCAAGAAGAGGGUUUGAAGAUGUAGCUACCAUAAUUCACCUGAUCUUUGCUGUUCAGAAACAACAUGCUGUUUUUUGUUUGUUAUUUGCCAAAAGGCUCUUGCUCUGGGGUGCUGGUAACUGCCGAUGUACUGCUGACAACUUGUGGCACCAAUAAAAACAAGUGAAAUAA